UUCAGAUAUGUCUCGUCGGCCAUGCUAGAGCAAGUAUAAAUAUUUUAGCCUCUCCUACUCCCGACGCAAUCGCAAAGUUUCAAGUUGGGCAUCCACUAGGAGUGCGCUAAGCAUACCGCUCUUCGGUGCUUUCUCGAAAGCUGUGAAGACCUUCGAGAGGCUAGCAAAUGAAGUUAAGCACGUGCGUUGUUCAUCGAGAAGAAACUGUACUGGACGGGCGCGCUGACCAAAGGAUUUGCAUUAUUGCCUUCUUUAGCGGCACUGGAAACAUUCCCAUUCCGGACGCUAUCGGAGCACCAAAGGGCCUGCGCCUCCUGGUGUUGGUCGUGAGCCUAACCGCCGUGCUCGUGGCCUCGUGCGCCCUGCUGCUCGUGGUGGGGGCGCAGGACGACAGCGUCGGCUGCGGACAGCCGCCCGACUGGAGCACGCACGUCGACCCCAAGGAGCGCGUGGACCUGUGCACGGGCGAGGCAUGCACGGCGUCCCAGUGCGUCCGUGACCCGGUGAGCAAUGACACCUGCCGCGGUGUGGUGCGAGCGUACGCCGACAGGUGCCGCUGCUGCGAGGCCUGCGUUCUGCACCUGGGGAAGAACGCGGACUGCUCCAACAGGCCUUCCGAACCUCAUGAUGUCCGAGAAUGUGGGCCUGGCCUCUUCUGCAACCAGAAUACGUGUGUCUGCAUGGAGUUCAUGACGGACAUACCCUGAACGACCUCACUGUGCUACUACUUUACAUUUGCUCAUCAAUAUGUCUGCUCGCUUGAUUAACCUAACAUAGUGUUAAAUAUGUCGUGAAUAUUCGCAAAAUGCUGUAAACAGUAUACUGUAACAAUGUCCCGGGUUGUGUAUCAUGGUUAUUAAUGGAAGAGGGGGUACCUAUGCUUGCCACGAUUGUUUUCAU